GCUUUCUAUCGUGGACAUUCGCCAGAUUCACUCAGUUUGCACUUCUGGGUAAACAGCGAUAAAUUGUGUGGCUCCUCCAUGACGCUUUACUUGGAGCAGUUGCUGGACAACCUCCAAGGUCUUCCAGCCGAGUUUCAGAGAAAUUUACUGCUGCUGAGAGAACUGGACGAACGGACGCUGAAGAAUUUGCGAGGCCUUGAUAAGUUGUCGAAGAGCUAUAUGACAGGUAUUAAAGACGUUUCUACCAAAAGAAUGAAGGCUCUGUACGAAGAAAUCCGACAGCUCUUCUAUAAAACUAAAAGUUUAGGCGAUGAAAAGGUACAACUGUCGAUUCAAACGUAUGAAAUGGUGGACCGUCACAUUCGCCGUCUGGAUAGCGAUAUGGUACGUUUCGAAAAGGAACUGAAACGUAGGGCAGAGGCCGGAGAUGCGGAGGCGGUCGAAAAUGGUAUUUGUCCAUCAACUCGGAAAGAAUCUGCGAAGCACAGCGGUGGACGCUCUUCCAGAAAGAAGCCAUUGGCGUCGAAACAAGAUCAGGUUAAAGCAAAUGCGAAGCGCAAACGUGUCGCAUCGACUAGUGGUAGUUCAGCAGCACACGUAAGCAAGGACAAAGAGAAAGACAAAGAAAGAGAGAAAGACAAAGAAAAGGAAAAGGAGAGGGAAAAAGAAAAGGAAAAAGUUCCGCCACAUGAAGUAACAGCAAAGAAGUCAACGGUGUCUGGUCCGUUGUCAAGCAUGACGGACAUAUCUGAUAUGCCUGUGGACCCACACGAACCUGUCUAUUGCGUUUGUAGACAAGUAUCAUUUGGCGAGAUGAUCGCUUGCGACAAUUCAAACUGUCCGGUCGAAUGGUUUCACUUGCCUUGCGUCGGCCUUAGCAGUGCACCGAAAGGAAAGUGGUUUUGUCCGACAUGUGUGGAAAUGAAGAGGCUAAAGGCAAAUCAUUCACUGGAAGGAAAGUAG